CGCCGGGUUGCUAGCGGUGCACGCUGGCCUCCUCGAGCCCCGCGGCGCGCGGCGACAUGGCCGGCGGCCACCGCCUUCUGCUGGAGAACGCGCGGCAAGUGGUGCUGGUGUGCGCCCGCGGGGAACGCUUCCUGGCGCGGGACGCGCUGCGCAGCCUGGCGGUGCUGGAGGGCGCCAGCCUGGUGGUGGGCACGGAUGGGUUUAUAAAGGCCAUUGGUCCUGCUGAUGUUAUACAAAGACAGUUUUCUGAAGAAACGUUUGAAGAAAGAAUUGACUGUUCUGGGAAAUGCAUCUUGCCAGGUUUGGUGGAUGCACACACACAUCCAGUGUGGGCUGGUGAUAGAGUUCAUGAGUUUGCAAUGAAGUUGGCAGGAGCCACGUACAUGGAUAUUCACCAGGCUGGCGGCGGGAUCAACUUCACCGUGGAGCGCACCCGCCAGGCCUCGGAGGAGGAGCUGUUUAGCUCCUUCCAGCAGCGGCUUCAGUGCAUGGUGCGGGCGGGGACCACGCUGGUGGAGUGCAAGAGCGGAUACGGCCUCAACCUGGAGACCGAGCUCAAGAUGCUGCGUGUGAUUGAGCGCGCCCGGCGAGAGCUGGACGUGGGCAUCUCCGCCACUUACUGCGGGGCUCACUCGGUGCCAAAAGGAAAAACAGCCACUGAAGCUGCUGAUGACAUAGUCAACAAUCACCUGCCCAAGCUGCAGGAACUGGGCAGAAGCGGGAAAAUACACGUUGAUAACAUAGAUGUGUUCUGUGAGAAAGGCGUCUUUGAUCUGGAUUCCACCAGGAGGAUUCUUCGAAGUGGAAAAGAUAUAGGAUUACAAAUUAAUUUUCAUGGAGAUGAACUCCACCCGAUGAAGGCAGCUGAGCUGGGGGCUGAAUUGGGAGCCCGGGCAAUCAGUCACCUGGAGGAAGUGAGUGAUGAGGGCAUCGCUGCCAUGGCAACGGCCAGGUGCUCCGCUGUCCUCCUGCCCACCACUGCCUACAUGCUGAGACUGAAGCAGCCUCGAGCCAGGAAGAUGUUAGAUGAAGGGGUCAUCGUUGCACUUGGCAGUGAUUUCAACCCCAAUGCCUAUUGCUUUUCAAUGCCCAUGGUCAUGCAUCUGGCUUGUGUAAACAUGAGGAUGUCCAUGCCUGAGGCCUUGGCCGCUGCCACCAUCAAUGCAGCUUAUGCACUGGGGAAAUCUCACACACAUGGAUCUUUGGAAGUUGGCAAACAGGGCGAUCUCAUUAUCAUUAAUGCACCCAGAUGGGAGCACUUGAUUUACCAGUUUGGAGGCCAUCAUGAAUUAAUUGAUUAUGUCAUAGCUAAAGGAAAAGUCAUCUAUAAGAAAUGAUACAUCUGAAAGGAAAGAGAAGACUCUGUAAAAUCAGCCAAAACAGUUAUCUUAAAGUUUAAGUUCCUAACUGGUUGACUAGAAUGAUGUCACUUAAAUAUAUUUCAGUGUUUUGUUAAUCCAGUUGAAAAACCCAAGAAAUCAGUGAUUUUAAUUUUAACAUCUGCACCUAAACACAUAAACAGGUAGAUUGAUUAUGAAGAUAAUCUUCAAAUACUAAGUUUUUCAGAGCUAUGUGAUACAGACUGGAGAUUAAUAUGAUGGAGCAUGAGAAAAAUGCAUUUUGGGGUAAAGCAGAUUGGCAAUUAGAUAGAGGUGACUUGAAAGUCCCAUUUGUUUCUGCUUUUCAAAUUUUAGCUCUUAAAACAUUAUUUAGUGAAUAUUGGGAGAGGGUCCCCGAGGAAGGGUGAACUUUCAUUUCUAAUUUCUUUACUACACUUGUCACAGGGCUUCACAGCAAAGUCCCAAGAUCCAUCAUUUUAUACAUGCAUCCAUGUUCGUGAAAUCCAAUAAUGCAAAUUUUGGAGAUUGUUUUUGAUUCUUCACUUUAAAAAUGUGUUACAGACAAUUGUAUAUCUCCCAUAAAUAGUUUAUCUAUUAUUGUUUCCUUACAGCUCAAAAACUUGGUCAGCAGUGUUGUCUAUUGGAGCAUUUUAGGAAAUGAACAAAUUACAGAAUUAUCCAGAAAGAAAAAGUGGGUGAUUAUUUAGAUAUCUGAGUUUACUUGAAAUCUUUUUAAAUGUGUUAGUCAUCUUCAUAGUUAGAACGGCAUUAGCUCUGUCUGAAUAUGAAGAAAUGACUUGAGAAGCAAGCGUUAGCUAUCCAAAUGACGACCCAUCCCAGGUUCAUAGAGCCUGAACCAGAGGGUUUAACUGCAUUCAGUCUAAACCCAGGGAUCUCCCUUGUCGUGAUAUCCCUUGUCUGGGGCACCGUAGGCUGAAGCUCUGUCCCUGAUAAGUUUGGUGAAGGAAUCUUUGCCAAGAAGGAGUGUGGGAGACACGUGGCUGCUGUGUGUGAUUUCUCUCUCAUGAUUAAUCACCUAGGCCAUGGGGAGAACUCUGACAAACAUAAAGGUCAACAAAAUGUAUUAGGUCUGUCCUGGCCCCCAAGUCAAGCUAGAGGAGAUCCUUGCACCUAUGGCCUAAGCUAAGGUGAAGCACACCCUUUUUCUUGAUACUGGGGGAAAUGACAGCAGAAGAGGAGACCGGGCAGAACUGCCUUAG